AGAGAUGUCAGGCGCCAUGUCUCCGCGUUUCUCUCUCUCUCUCUUCCGGUGUGUCUCGGCUCUCGGCUUAGCUGCGAGACGCUAGCUGGGUGAUAGCCAGGUUCAGCGUUAGCGCUCUGUUUAUCUCACAACAACAACAACAACAACACGGCAUUUAAAUUGCAGUCAGAAAUAGCUAGCGCCGUGUUCGUUUGAUGCGUGUCGUAUUUAUUUAUUUUUUUGACACGACAUCAUCCGGGUUGUUGGCGAGCUAGCUCUGUGGCUACACCUGUUCGACUGAACUAACGGUUAGCCGAGGAUACGAGCUAUUUAAUCUCUUAAAAUCAGCCCUCAUUUGCAUAACGAGCCCAGAAUCCGGAUUAAUUCAUGAAUAAUUCAUCGAGCUGUAAUGUUUAAGAUGAGCCAGCUAGAUAAUAUGUGAAUAUAAUUAUGUAGUUAAUCAGCUUGUUUUUUUCCCUUCUUUUUAAAUUCUCCUGUGUAAUUCACACAAAUAGAGAAGUUUUCUGGCGCGUGCGUUAUUUUGUCAUUUCCCAACUGCCAUUUAACGGUAUUUUAAAGGGAACUGAAUAAUUCUUGAAAGACACGUUAAAUAUGUUUAUAUUGUUGAAUGAUUCUGGUGUUAAAUGUAUUGGUUGAUGCUGUAUUUACAUAAUGCCUGUGAGAAGUUAGAGAUUAUAUCCCUCUGAAUGUUACAUUAACGGUAAAUGUGAAUGUGUCUUUCCGUGACCUCCAGCAGCCAAUCAGAGACAGGCCUGGGUCAUAAACCCUUCUGAUUGGUUAAGUGUGAUACAAAAUAGCGUGGAGGAGGCGGAGCUUAAUUACUGCAAGUCUGAGGUUGGACAUGCUGCGGUCAUUCAUGCUACCCGAUAAACGAUACAUCCGGAAUUAUCGUAAAAAUAAGUUUAGGAGUUAUCGUAAAUACGCAGCGAAUUAUCAUAAUUAAGUGCCACGAUUGUAAACAUGUCAGGAAUUAUCGUACCUACGUUGAGUGAUCAUAAAUACGUUGAGAAUUAUCGUACAUGCCUCAAGAUUUAUUGUGAAUAUGACAGGAAUUAUUGUAUGUACGUUGAGAAUUAUCCUAUAUACGUCAAGAAUUACCGUACGUACGCUGAAAAUGAUCCUAUACACCUCAAGAAUUAUCGUAAGUGUGUCAAGAAUUCUCGUAAAAAUGUUGAGAAUUCUUGUAAAUGUCAAGAAGUAUUGUAAAUACGUCAAGAAUGAUCGUACGUGCCUCGAAAUUUAUCCUAUAUACGUCAAGAAGUAUCGUAAAUGGCAAGAAUUACCGUACAUACGUUGAGAAUUAUCGCUAUAAAUGUCAAGAAUGAUCAUAAAUACGCUGCAAAAAUAUCUUGAAAACAUCGAGAAUGAUCAUAAAUACGCACAGAAUUAUCAUAAAUAUGUUGAAAUGAUUGUAAACAGAUCAGGAAGUGGAAAUAUGCCAACACUGAUCAUAAACACGUCGAGAAUUAUCGUAAAUAUUUGGAGAAUCAUUGUAAAUACGUCCAGGUUUCUCGUAAAUGCGUAGAGAAUGAUCUUAAAUACGUUGAAAAUGAAUGUGAAUAUCUUCAUCUGCUGAAUUACAGGAAUCAAGAUUAAUUAGAAUAUUUUUGAUUUUCUGAUUUGACCUUUGAACCCAAGCCUUUUUUGUCCUAUGACACUUUUUUUCCUUCUCACCUCUGACCCCUAAUGCCCCGCAUGACCCGCUUGAUGCUGGACCACGGAUUUCAGAUUAACCUGUCUGGAGCUGCCCAAAGUAAACGUAAAGUACUGAAGAUAGAUUUUGCCAAUCCGUCAAUCAAAUCAUCCACCAGAUUCAACCUCAGCACUGCGGGACCGCCCUUCCAGAACCCUCACAUAGAACGUUUGCGCACACACAGUAUUGAAUCAUCAGGAAAGUUAAAGAUCUCUCCAGAGCAGCUCUGUGACUUCACAGCGGAGGAUCUGAAGGACUUGGGGGAGAUUGGCCGAGGAGCGUAUGGCUCCGUCAACAAGAUGGCGUACAAACCCAGCGGACAGAUCAUGGCUGUAAAGAGGAUCAGGUCGACGGUGGAUGAGAAGGAGCAGAAGCAGUUGCUGAUGGAUCUGGAUGUGGUGAUGAGGAGCAGUGACUGUCCCUACAUUGUCCAGUUCUACGGAGCGCUUUUCAGAGAGGGCGACUGUUGGAUAUGUAUGGAACUCAUGUCUACCUCUCUUGACAAAUUCUAUAAAUAUGUGUAUUCCACGCUGGAGGACGUGAUCCCUGAGGAGAUCCUGGGCAAAAUUACACUUGCUACUGUGAAAGCACUUAACCACUUAAAAGAAAACUUGAAAAUAAUUCACAGAGACAUUAAGCCAUCGAACAUUCUGUUGGACAGGAACGGGAACAUUAAGCUGUGUGAUUUCGGGAUCAGUGGGCAGCUGGUCGACUCCAUCGCGAAGACCCGAGACGCAGGCUGCAGGCCGUACAUGGCACCAGAGAGAAUAGACCCUGGUGCCUCCAGACAGGGUUAUGAUGUACGCUCAGAUGUCUGGAGUUUGGGAAUUACACUGUACGAGCUGGCGACCGGGCGGUUUCCGUACCCGAAGUGGAACAGUGUGUUUGAUCAGCUCACACAGGUGGUGAAAGGAGAUCCUCCACAGCUCAGCAACUCCGAGGAGAGAGAGUUCUCACCCAAAUUCAUCAACUUCGUCAACCUGUGCCUUACAAAGGAGGAGUCGAAAAGGCCAAAGUACCGAGAACUUCUGAAGCACUCGUUCAUCCAGAUGUAUGAGGAGCGCUCUGUAGACGUGGCCAGUUACGUGUGCAGGAUCCUCGACCAGAUGCCCGCGUCCCCCAGCUCGCCCAUGUACGUGGACUAAAACGUGCACGUGCACGCCGGUCCACGUGGAGGACAAACAGAAACGCAAGCUGUUGUGUAAAGUUUCGCUUCGUCACAGAACCCUGCAGUGUUCCUCGGAAAAUGCAGAGACUCCCAGAGCAGUGAGACAGCUGUCCUCCAUCACGCCUACAUAUACUGUCUGUCUCUCUGUCUGUCUCGUGUCUCACCUCACAGCUCGCACCCUCCACUGAUGUGUGGUCUCCGCUUGAGGACACCUCGUCUCUGGACGUACUGUACAUACACCCCGCUGCUCUGUGUGUGUGUGUGUGUGUGUGUGUGUGUGUGUGUGUGUGUGUGUGUGUGCGCGCGUGUGUUUCUGGUCGUGGAGGAGGUUUGGAGAGCGGCCGUACCGAAGCGCUGCUCACGCUGGUUUAUCUGCUCUCUGCCUGAUGACGGCUCAAUCCCAAAUGCCCUGCUUCAUACCCACGUGCACUAUGUAGGGUGGUUAAUAAUGGUUCCUGCACCCUAUGAAGUGCGCAUUGUGUCAUUUGGGAUUCAGCCCAUGAUUGUGUCAUUACUGUAUAAUGAUCCACGUUCUGAUAUAUAAAAUAAAUAAACUGGAAAUGUA